AUGUGCCCCUACAUCAGAACAAAAUUGAAUUACAAUCCUCCAAAGGAUGAUGGGUCAACGUACAAGAUUGAACUCGAAGGGAUAUCUGUUGAUAUCAUGAAAGAGAUACUAGAUUACAUCUUCAGUGGGCAGAUCAGGCUAAAUGAAGAAACUAUCCAAGAUGUGGUACAGGCAGCUGAUCUCCUGCUGCUUACAGACUUAAAAACUCUCUGCUGUGAGUUUUUAGAAGGUUGCAUAGCUGCUGAGAACUGUAUUGGUAUUCGGGACUUUGCACUGCACUAUUGUUUGCAUCAUGUUCACUACCUUGCCUCAGAGUAUCUGGAAACUCACUUUCGAGAUGUCAGCAGCACAGAGGAAUUCUUGGAACUGACUCCUCAAAAACUGAAAGAAGUGCUGUCGAUGGAAAAGCUCAAUGUUGGAAACGAAAGAUACGUCUUUGAAGCGGUGAUUAGGUGGAUUUCUCAUGAUUCAGAAUCCAGAAAGGUCCACAUGAAGGAUGUCAUGUCGGCAGUGUGGGUGUCGGGCCUGGACGCUGCCUACCUGCGCGAGCAGAUGAUGAGCGAGCCGCUGGUCCGCGAGAUCGUCAAGGAGUGCAACAACAUCCCCCUGACACCCCCGCAGCAGGGAGAGGCCAUGCUGGCCUCCUUCAAGCCCCGAGGCUACUCCGAGUGCAUCGUGACUGUUGGGGGGGAAGAGAGAGUAUCACGGAAACCAACCUCAGUGAUGCGGUGUAUGUGUCCUCUUUAUGAUCCCAAUAGACAGCUCUGGAUUGAACUUGCUCCUAUGAGUAUUCCAAGGAUCAAUCAUGGAGUAUUGUCAGCAGAAGGAUUUUUAUUUGUGCUUGGUGGUCAGGAUGAAAACAAGGGAACGCUAAGCUCUGGAGAGAAAUAUGAUCCAGACACCAAUUCAUGGAGUUCCUUACCACCAAUGCAUGAGGCACGACAUAAUUUUGGUGUGGUAGAGAUUGAUGGGAUUCUGUAUAUUCUGGGAGGUGAGGAUGGUGAAAGGGAGCUGAUCUCUAUGGAGAGCUAUGAUAUUUAUAGCCGGACCUGGACCAAGCAGCCAGACUUGACCAUGGUUAGAAAGAUUGGCUGCUAUGCAGCUAUGAAGAAGAAAAUCUAUGCAAUGGGUGGAGGCUCCUAUGGAAAACUCUUUGAAUCUGUGGAGUGUUAUGACCCCAGGACUCAGCAGUGGACAGCAAUCUGUCCUCUCAAAGAGAGGAGAUUUGGGGCAGUGGCCUGUGGAGUUGCCUCUGAGCUUUAUGUAUUUGGUGGGGUCAGGAGUCGUGAUGACAGCCAAGCCAGUGAGAUGGUGACGUGCAAAUCGGAGUUUUAUCAUGAUGAGUUUAAAAGGUGGAUUUAUCUAAAUGACCAGAACCUAUGUAUCCCAACUAGCUCUUCUUUUGUGUAUGGAGCUGUGCCCAUCGGAGCCAGCAUAUACGUGAUUGGAGAUCUCGAUACAGGUACAAACUAUGACUAUGUUAGGGAAUUUAAGAGAAGCACGGGCACCUGGCAGCGCACUAAGCCGCUGUUCCCCUCGGACCUGCGGCGGACGGGCUGCGCAGCGCUGCGGAUCGCCAACUGCAAACUCUUCCGACUGCAGCUGCAGCAGGGAUUGUUCCGCAUCCGCGUACCUUCGCCGUGAUCCGUGUGCUGCCAGGGGAGGAGACUGGAAGAGUUCUGUGCAGUCCACCAUAAUCUAGCUCUAUUUAAAGGAAAAGCUGAGAAAUUACAGCUGAAACUUACACUGUAUGCUGUGCUUUGGUAUGGUAACUGUUUUUGUUUUAAAUGCUUACAAAAGCUUGAGUCUCAGUACUUGUUUUGGGAACAAAUAACUUAAGUACACAUUAAAAAGAAGAGAAGGGGGAAAAUAAAAGGGGGAAAUCAAGGAAACACCUUCAGUCGUAACCAUUUGGAGUUUAAACCAUGUUAUUGAAGGAGGAUUUUUGUGUCUGAAACUGGUGGGAAUCGGUUUCCUUUGGCAAAGCUUAUUGAAAAGCAAAAAAAAAAAAAAAAAAUAGAUUUCAGGUGCAUUUCCCCUGCGGGGAACUGAUACGAAUCCAUGUGCUAUCUGGAACUGGAUAGCUGUAACACAGAAGCUACACGAUAACCAACCUCCCUGGUGUGCUGCUGUUGGAGCAUGAGGCCACAGGAGGUAUUGGUUGUUGCACCUUUUAUUUCUAGUCCUUUCUCAAAAGAUAAGGUCUGUGCCUAAAAAAUGGUGGAGGUGUGUACAUACGGUUUUUCAUUCAUUUGCAAUGGUUUCAUUCCGACAAAUAUUUUUAAUAUAUAUAAAAUGGACUAAUAUGAAAUGGAUAUAGUACACCACAGAGAAGUAAACUGUUUUUUUCUACUCUGUCAUUCGAGUAGCCCGAUGAACUGGUCUGCGGGUGGGUGGCGUGUGUUUCUGGGUGGGCUUUGGUGGCUGUUUUCCUUGAAGUGAAAAGGGAAGACAUGUUUGGAACAGUUAGUGAUGAUUGCUGCUUUUGGUGAGAGCAAAAGGACAAAUUAAAUAGACUUUGUUCCUUUUUACUUCAGAUUGUUUUCAAGCUAAGAAUGGUUUUUAAGACUGAGGAUCAUAGAAAGGUGCAUUUUAUGUCUCUUAGAACAAAGGUGAAAUAUGACAAGGAUAUAUUUAUUUUGAAGAAAAUGUGGGUUUUGGACUAAGAGUUAAGGAAGAUUUGUACAGUGACUUUAAAUUGGGAUCAAAAGUUGGUUUACUAUUGAUUUCUGUGCUACAGUACAGUCUUGUUUACUGCUGUCUGACUUUGAAAGCUGGGUUUUAUGGUGUGGUUAUAGUGAAGAACUUAGUAUCUUGCAUUUUAUUACUUACUAAGCCUUGUUCACAUGAGUAGUGAUAUUUAAUUGACUUUUGUUUGUAGUCAGGAUCAGCUGGUAGAACAGUUUUACCUCAAUUUUUGAUUUCAUUGUUGUGAUGGGUGGGACAUAACCUCUAUUUAUUUAAAAGGAAUAAAAUGGGAGAGAUGGAAAAUAGAAAUAAUACUUCCUGCCCUUCAGAAAAAGAGACUUUGUACAACCAGUAUUAUAACUACAUACAAGACUUUCCACUCUGCAACUUUGUGGACCUCAGACAAGACAAACUCUGCCCUCAGUUGUGUUUGUGUAAACCUUCGUCAUCUUUAUUGAAAUCAUCUUACAUAUGUUGAAAUAUGAUCCCAAACUAGUUCAAAAUAUCGGUAUUUCACUAAAUAGUCCUUGAAGAGCCAUUAUGAAACAUACCUCUGCUCAGUCCUUCCAUAGCACUGAUAUGGGGUUGGAAUUACUCUGAUUCCUGAGCAGAGGAGUGUGGGAGGGUGGGGAAAGGGGCAGCAGCCAAUC